AUGAGCUUCACACGCGCCACAAGGCCAUUCCACAAGGUCCUCACCCGCUCUCUGAAACCGACACUACCGCUACCGCAAUCUAGAACCAUGCAUGUGCAAUCGCUGCCUAUGUGGACCGGGAAGGGCAACAACUAUGCCUACCUGGUAACAGACGAGCCAACAAAGCAGUCGGUCAUCAUUGACCCCGCCAACCCGCCAGAGGUCGUCCCAGAACUCGAGUCGCAAACGAAAGCCGGGAAGAUCAACCUCACGGCUAUCGUGAACACACACCACCACUGGGACCACGCCGGCGGGAACAACGAGGUCCUAAAGACCUUCAAAGUCCCCGUCAUCGGCGGCAAGGAGUGCCAGUCCGUGACGAAGACCCCAUCGCACGGAGAGACAUUCAAGAUCGGCGAGCGCAUCUCCGUGACGGCGCUGCAUACGCCGUGCCAUACGCAAGACAGCAUUUGCUAUUUCAUGCAGGAUGGCGAGCAGCGGGUUGUGUUUACGGGGGAUACGCUGUUUAUCGGUGGAUGCGGACGGUUCUUCGAGGGCACAGCGCCGGAAAUGCACAAGGCGCUGAAUGAGACUCUGGCUUCGCUGCCGGACGAUACGAAGGUCUAUCCCGGACACGAGUACACCAAGGGCAACGUCAAGUUCUGCCUCGAGGUGUCGCAGUCCGAGCCCAUUAAGAAGCUGCAGGCGUUUGCGGACGCGAACAAGCAGACACAGGGCAAGUUCACGAUUGGCGACGAGAAGCUUCAUAAUGUCUUUAUGCGCGUCAACGACCCCGAAAUCCAGAAGAAAACAGGCAAGACGGACCCCGUCGAGGUGAUGGCCGCCUUGCGGGAGAUGAAGAAUGCUAUGUAG